GGGCGUAGCCCAUCGGACCCGCUCGGAAGGCCACAGAGAGGUCACAGCCACGAUCCAGUCCAUCAUCCACAUCGGUCCUGCUCCUCCCUCCCGUCUCCGGCGACCGUGAUCUGCUCUGCUGCUCCGGUGGUCUCCGCCCCGCCGCCACGCGUCUUAUACACACCUGAAGCAGACCUCAUGAGUGGGGGCACCGCGGUGAGCGGCAGCCUGCGGACGGCCCUCUCGUACUGCGUCCAGCAGGUGCGCAGCUACGACUACCACAACUACCUCUGCCUGCUCCACCUACCUCCGGCCAUGCGCAAGGCCGCGUUCACCUUCCGGGCCUUCAACGUCGAGACGGCCAAGGCCAUGGACGUCGUGUCCGACCCCCGCAAGGGCCUCAUGCGCCUCCUCUGGUGGAAGGACGUGGUCGACAAGGUCUGCGCCGGCAAGAAGGUCGAGCACCCCGUCGCGCUCGCGCUCUCCUCGGUUCUCUCCGAGCACAAGGUCAGCAAGCACUGGCUCAAGCGGUCGCUGGAGGCGAGGAUAAAUGAUGGAAACCGGGAUGACGACGCCAUUCCUGAGAAUAUUCCGGAGCUGGAGAGGUACGCGGAGGACACCCAGUCGACCAUCCUGUACAUGACGCUGCAGGCUGGUGGGAUACAGUCCACCAUUGCUGAUCAUGCUGCGUCGCAUAUCGGCAAGGCGAGUGGGCUGCUGCUGCUGCUCAAGGCGCUGCCUCACCAUGUCAGCAAGCAAGGGAAGAUACCGUACAUCCCGGCGAGUGUGGCCGAGGAGUGUGGGCUGCUUGCCCGGGAAGGUGGCCGGACAGAGGUCAGGAUGGGCGAUGCGCUCCCGGAUGCAGUUUUCAAGGUUGCGUCUGUUGCCGAAGCUCACCUGCAGAAGGCGCGGGAGCUGGCCGCGUCUGUGCCAGCAGAGGCUGUCCCCGUGCUCCUCCCAGCCGUGCCGGCCCAGGUCCUUCUGGACUCCCUGCGGCGCCGCGAAUUCAACGUCUUCGACUCACGCUUGUCCAGUGGAGUCCAUGGCAUAUCCCCUCUGUGGUACCAGCUGAAGCUAAACUGGCACUCGUGGCGAAACAAGUACUGAAUGCAUACAUACAUUUUGAAGCAUGUUUGUUGAAAGCGCAGGUCAGCGUGCGUUUUAGCCCAGACUAAACCUGGGGUGUCCAUUUACUGAAAUGUAAUAAGCUUGAUGAUCAAGAAAGGCUCUGCUACCUGCUGCAGCUGGCUGUUUCUGAGCAAUUUUGAUGUAGCUUCCUUUUUCACUGGAGACAUGCUUUGUUGGGGGUUGUUUGUUUCAUUUGUAUUCGAGUAUCGACAUGAGGUGGAUGAAUGUUAUUUGUUGAGCUUGUCCUUUCA